AAAAAGCCCCGCCAACAUAGCGUCACCUGAAACGAAGAGGACAUCAAGAGAAUCGCCGCCCACCGGCGUGAUAAAAUAGGACUAGGGAGGACGAUGGGCUCUAGCCACUACACAUCGCCAUCAUGAGUUCCCCCGUAGUCGUGUACGAAGACGAUGCCAGCUACUGUUCUCAACACCGCAACGAGUCAUCCAGGAUUGUUAGUGUACUCAACCUUGCUCUGGGAACCUCCGAAGAGGACGUGAGGGCCGCCUUUUGCGAGUUCGGGAGGAUUCAACAUUGUUUCGUACCGCUAUCCGCACCAACAACGGCUAUAGUAGUCUUUUCGACCGUCACCGAAGCCAUAGCCAGCAUGAGGAGUAUGGACGGCGCUAUCGCCGAUGAGAAGCAAAUCUGCGUGCGAAGGAAGGCCGUCGUGGCACGAGGUGGACUAGCAUUACUAUUAAGGAUAUCCUAA